CCGCGGAUGGACCGUUCUCGAUUAGUGCUUCGGCGAAAGCAACUGGAUCUCGGCUACAAUACGAUAGGAUAUGCGCGAUACGUACAACUCGUGCCGCGAGGACGCCGGUCGACGAACUUACGCCGACAUCCAAGAACCCCGGAUCCCCUCCGAGACUGCAGCAAGCGUAGCUUCGAUGGCCAAAUCAGAAGAUGGCGACGACUUUUACAUCAAUAUGACAACAUCUGUAGUGAUGAGAAGGGAGUUGAGGAGAUCACGGCCUUGCAGGCCGAAUCACGACCUUUGUACGCCGGCAGUCUUUCUACGGAGUUGUCAACAUUUCCUCAUCAGUUGCUUGUAACUGAAAAGACUGCCCGGAGAUCAUAUUAUGCCACUAGCUGCAUGUAUAACGUAUCAGAGGCAAACAGCAACAAGCUAACAUACUGUUUAAUUUUAGGCAACAGUCUGGCCGUCGCACGUAAAACUCAAAAGUUCACAAAUCAAAGUUGUGUUACGUUGGUGUAGUUUGUUUUUGAAGAGAGACAGAUUUAACUUCAUCGAGGCUGUUUUCAACUCGUAGAGAUGAGACAUUUUUCUUUAAAAGUAUUUGUUGUAUGCUAAAGCUUCUAGCUUCAUGAAUAUGCGAGUCAUAACUCAUGCUUUCGAGUUGCUAUCAGCAUGUAUUUCUAGGUAUUUCGACAAUAAUGUUGUACAGUAUUGUAAUCUAGCCAGAGAUAUUGACCAUAGCAUUAUUAUCAUAAAAGUACAGUACGAUAAUAUC